AUGGCGUCAAACUCGACGACGCAACGCCUCCUCCGCGAACUGAAAGACUACACCAAAUCCCCGAACGAGGCCUUGCUCCAUCUAGGUCCAGUAGAUGAAGAUGAUCUCUUACACUGGGAAGCAGUCCUGAAGGGCGUCAAAGGCACACCAUACGAAGGCGGCCUCUGGGGUCUCAAAAUCGCCAUCCCACCGAACUACCCCCUCGCGCCGCCAAAAAUCCACUUCACGACUCGCAUCUCCCACCCCAAUAUCUCCUUCACAACGGGCGAGAUAUGUCUCACGCUCCUAACGACCGAGCACUGGAGCCCCGUCUACACACUCUCGACGACGUUAACAGCCAUCCACCAGUUGCUCACUGACCCGCGGCCGGAUUCGCCGCUGAACGUCGAUGUGGCGGCGCUACUGCGCGACGGGGAUAUCCCGGCGUGGGAGAGUAUCGUUCGAUAUUGGACUGAGGAGGAGAGAUGGCAGGGGCAGGGGACUGUUAGUCGAUGA